AUGAACAUGGGGUCUUUGGUGAUUAGCGCAGAUUCGUCUUCAACAUCGUCCGCGACGGAAAUCGAGACAGGAACAGCCGAAGCGACGGCCACGACGACGACAACGACAACUGCAUCGGUCACCGUGACUGCCACCUCGAAACCAACAUCUUGUGCAAGCGGAGGAACGGAAUGUCCGAAGUCGAACACCACUGCUGUUGGUGCGGGUUUGGGUAUCUCACUUGGUGCUUGUUUAGUUGGGACAAUUGCCGCUCUGUUCUUUCAGAGACGGUCGCAUCAAAGGAAGAUACGGGAGUUUAAUGCGUUGCAUGCGAGCCAGAUGGGGCAACUCGCUCAUGGUGGGAUGCAGCCACAUCCAACUGCUCGGGCCUUCGCGGAAUUACCGAUGGGUCAUGAUAAGAUAUAUGAGAUUGGGGAUGGGCGACGAGAAUAA